GCUGAUGAUGCUCUUCGGCAUCUUCAGAAGACGCAGAGCACGCGAGGAUGAUGCUGCUGCCAGCACAACGGCGAAAUACUCGCUUAAAUCCACAGUGACAUUGACGGAUAAAGCGAUAUCUUUAACAGUGGAUGCUUACAUCGUCAAAAUAGGUCGGAUUGAAAAUUCUGACUUGCGUUAUUGUGGGAUAUAUCCCUCCUUCAUUCUUCCUUUGAGAUGUGUAUCGAUCUUCUUAAAAGAUGUCGUCAUGCCGUAUGUUCAGCCUGGCUCUGGGUGUAGGGAUGAUGGAGAGAACAUGAAUUCUCGUUGUAAAGAUUACUGAUUAUCUCUUUGAUAUUAAUAUAAGCUGCGCAAAUGGAAAACACGGGGUCACAGAUGUUGUCGCUGGAGCAGCAGGUGGAGAGUGUGGAGAGGAGCAUUGUCUUCCUGAGACAGGAGCAGCUUACCAUGCUGCAUGGACUACACCUGGAGAUUCUGUCCCUUCAGAAACGCUGUACAGAACUUACUCAAGAACUUAACAUAAAACCAGCAGGCAGGAGUCAAGCAGAUGUUCAGGAGGAAGAGGUGCAGCUGAAAGUGCAUUGUUUGCAAGUUGAAGAACAUCUGCACGAACAGCAGCAAUUGCAGAGUGACUUGCGAUGGGAGCUGAGUCAGAAGACGGUGCUGGUAGGCGCAUUACGCGCCAGUCUUAAGGACAAAGAGCGUCGUUUCCUGGAGGAGCUGAAAAACCGCAGCCACAGGACCACUGCGCUCAACGCCGAACUGCAAAAGCAGACGGAGACGGCUGCAUAUCUCUCCUUCCAGCUGCAUUCCGCAAAGCAGAAACUUCAACAGCAAAAGCUGCGCAGGAGGCAAGCCCCGCCCACCGACGACAAGCCACCUCUCCAACCUCCGGCCCAGGAGAGCGCUAGCAGCCCGACCGUGGUCAAACCCAAACGGCGGAGCACGAGUCGGCCCUCUUCGCACCUCCGCACCGAGCGCGCUAGAGAGUGCGUUCCACGCGAGAGGGUGACGGGCCCGGAGGAGCCUAUGGCCAUGCCUGACCCCGCCCUCUUCCUCUACCCGUACAGACACAGAAUGCGGCCCCGCCUACCACACAGACACGCCCUGCAAGAGGCAGAGGGAGGGGAGGAGUCAGCGGAGCUUGAUCAGGGAGCUUCAGUAAACAGACUGGCUACGACUGUAGCUAAAGCCACCGCAACCACGGCAUCUACUACAGAGAGCAAUGCUGAAUGAGCAUUUCUUAUAUGGUUCACUUCAACAACAACAUGCUUGUUUUUAUAUUAACCCCUGAAUUGCACCUUGAGAGAACCUCGCUUUCUAUAUGACGGUGACAGAAAUGUUUAUAUUUGCAAAACAGUUUUGAUUUUUUUUUUACACUUUGCACAUACUGCAGUUGAAUUAAUGGACUGAGAUUUACGCUUACGUUCUCACCAAAAGAAAAUCGCCUCGUGUUUUUGUUUCCAUGAAGCAUCUUUGUAAUCGAGGUCCCUACAUAAGACACUGUCCUUGUUUACCCAGUACUGCUUUGUUCGAAUUUGUUUUUUAAUGCUUUGGAUUGCUCAUCUCAGCUAUUUGCCAGGUUUGCUGAAUGAUCCAUUGUCUGUCUGGUGUCACCACAAGUGCACUCUUCGGCCUUCCAGAUCCCAUAAAUACUGGUUGAUGGUUAAUCUAGUAUGAAUGCUGAACACUACAGAGGAUAUGUAGCCUGAAUCAUUUGCUUAAGUGCUUUAUCUGGUGUAGUGUAUGUACACAAAGUGUGUUUAUAUGUAAGCUUGUUGAUUAGAAGAGAGUGGGCUCAAGGGUCAAUGCAUCAUUGUUCUGCCAUCAAAUGAGCUAGCGAUGCCCAAAGGACUGAUUCAUUUUUGCUGCUUAACACACAGUGUCCUACUCACAUGUUUUAGUCAUGAUUUGCAUAUGAAACACUACAGUCAAGAGUACUUUUAAUUUUAUAAUAUUAUGUAGCUAGGAAUUUAAGAAAGCUUUAACUGCGAUAUAAUACACAUUUCAAAUCGGUUGAUAGUUUGUAUCACACAAAAGGAUGGUUGAUGUGUAAGUAUGAGCUCUGUAUAAUAAGAGCUAGUUCAUGAUGGUGGUGAUGAGGAUGCAUUGUCAUUAAAGUAGGCUAUAAAGGAUGGGACAGUAAUAACGCUAACUUAAAUGAAA